AUGUUCACCACAUUCAGGCUUGGAUCGACUGUGCCAGCUACUCCAACACCAUCCAAUCACACCACGCCAUCCAUACUCCAAUCUAUUCUCGAAACUCCAUUGACACCAUGCAAUUCUCGACGCCGCACAACCAAGAAACGAUCUCGAGAAGAUCAAGACGAAAACUUGCCAUCCGCAUCAUCAGGUCCAUCGAAAAAGCGUUCAAGUGCAGCUUUGAAGUCCACUCCAGAUGCAACACCAGCCACGCCACGGCAAUACACGCCCCGCCAAACGAAACACGACAAACUUAACAGUUUAUUCGACGCAUUGGAUGCCACGCACUGGACUCUCGGAGAGUUCCUUUAUUACACCUUUCGGACAAAAGACGAACGUGGAGUCAACAUACACCGCACGGUCCAACAUUCCAAGUACUCGCAACACUUUCUCCGGGGAACAUCAAAGCACACUCCAGCUACCAUUCUCGACGCGUGGUUUCGGAGCCCGGACGGUCGCAUUUCAGAAGGUUCACCCGACCUGGACCUGAUGUACUCCAUCGACACACCUUAUGCCGAGAUCAAACCUGUUCGGGCCAGAUAG